AUGGUUAAACAAGGUUCUGGUGCCGAAGUGAUUUACGAUACUUCUCAUGCAUAUGGCCGUAGAUCAGGUUCCGGAUCAUAUGCCAAUGAAUGGCGCAACUUCAUGGUACGUUGCCUUUAAACGUGUACCCUGUUAUUUGAUCUUCGUCGUGAGCUGAAAUUAUGCAUCGAUCAGAGUAUUCUGUUACUGGUAACCCUAUAGGACUUGCGUUUCAAAGAUUAAGCAACCAUGAGAACUUAUGCUUCAUAAGGGAGAGUAGAUAGGCCCCCCUGGCUGCUGCCAAAAAUUGUGACAUGGGUCCACUUCCGCAGCCUCCUACCGAGAGUUAGAGCCCAGUAUUUCGAAAAGCUUCACCACUAUGAUCGAAUGGAAUGACGGGUCAUAUCCUUGUCUUGCCACCAUUGAAAUGGAAAUAGGAGCUCACUUUUUCGAUCUUGCUCCAUCACUGUGCAUCCUUUUCCGUUGUAGUUACUCUAGUGUUUAAUAGUUUUUCAUUUAUUCUUUCCGCACCAAAUUCUUGAUCGUAAUUCUUAGAGAAUUAUAAUUCAUGUAGUGCCACCGACUCCUUUCAAGUUAUUCAUCAUAUUGUCAACUUCGAUCUUUCUUUUCUCCUUCUUCAGAAAUGUCUCCAAGUGCCUCUCAGUUCAUGUGGGUGCUAUAUCGGAUCAGUUUUUAUAGUGCAGUGGUCAUGCUGCGGCCUCAACUGGUCUAAUUGGAUGGAGAAAACUUAGCAUCCAGUGGCUGCCACUUGGCUAUGGUAUUCUCACAGAGUGGUGGCUUGCUUAGGGUAAUGACAAGAGCAAGACAUCCUGGUGCAUUUGCCAAGGCCCAAAUUGCUUUACAUCCUUCCUUUUUAGCCUGUGUGAUGCAAGUUCGUGGUGUGUGCUCUUCUCUGUCGAGUUGUGGUCUUCCCACUGGACAUGGAAAUACUAUCUUUCAUCCUUGAGUUACUCAUGUUUCGUUCUCCCUUUAGUCCACUCUUCAUCUUCAGUUUUUUUGGUCCACAUAUUGAGAAUAUGAUUGGAGAAGAUUAUACACUAAGACUGGUGUACUUUUUUGGAUUCUCUUUUCCAUCCACUCUCCCCAUUCUGUAACCCCGUACACUUUGCUACUUUUUGUCACGUUCUUUUCUUUUGGUUGACUUUUGCCCAUAUCAGUGGAUCAAUCCUGUGGUCAUCCUCUAUUAUUCCCAAUGCCCCAGCCUGUUAGACAGUUAGAUCUCCUAUUUUCGUUGACUUUCUUAUCUCAUGUGUGCAGUCAUCAAACCUCACAGAUAUGUAUCGGAAGGCAUCAACCAGUGAACCCGCAGACAAUUCGGACUCCGAGGAAGAGGAAGUGGAUAUGAUGAAGGUUCUCAAGGACAUUGAGUACUUGGGUAGGUCCUUUUAUGCUCACUUUUCUCACUUCAGUCCCAAGAAUUUGACUGUGCUCUAUCUGAUCCUUUGCUGAUCCAUGCACGUCUGAAUCAUUGUUUAUUAUGUUAACCAACAAUGCAGAUUCCGACUUCACUUGAUGGUUUUUAGCUGGUUGUCAUUGAGAUAAACCACUGUUCACUUUAAUGCAUCCAAUGCCGCAUGCUCUGAUAUUCAUCUAAUGAGUGGGAGUUUGUAAUGAGUUAUUCCCAUGAUCAAUAACUAUGCGACUUUGUUAUGAUUCCAUGAGCUUGCAAGGAUUAAAAAACUAAAAAUAGGUCUAAUUUCCGUCUCAUUCCAGCAAUUCCUUUUAUUCCUGAAUUGAUCCGCCAAACUGCCGCCCAGGUUCAUCAACCAUGAGCUGGAAGGAGAGGAAAGCAAUGGAGAACCGCAAAGUUGUCUUCUUAGGUGGAAAGGUCAGACGACUCGAUGCAUUUGGGUCAACCAUUCAAUUCAAGGCCUGAACCCACUCUCCUGAAACCCCGCCUUCUUCUUUGCAGCCUCCGAAGAGACAGAGGCUACCGCUGAGUGUGGCCAAGGUCCCCAUGAAGAGGCAGAAGUUGAGAGAAGAGAAGAAAUUGCAGGAGGUGAUUCCCCGCGCCGCUGAUCCCACUCUUCAUCUGCCUUAGAAAUCUCUGCAAGUUCCUCAACGAAGACCCUACACUCUGUCUGCAGGAUAUCCUUCUUGGGCGGUUUCAGAGGAAGAGGCGAGCUACUGAGCAGCAUGACAAGCGGAGAUCAGAGGGCGGUGUGUUGAUGGCCAGUGAUGGAGUCUUCAAGAAGGGCAUACUGAACGUGAAGCACCUCCUUGGGGAGCCUAGCCAGCCAAGCAGGGAGGGCACCCGCAGUCUCAAGGCCAUUGGCGGCGGGAGAAGGAAAGGUAAAGGGAAUAAGAAGGGGAAGAAGAAAGGGAAGAAGCAUUGA